AAGUGUCAUUUCCCGCGUAAAAAUCAUCCAAGAUGAACGCUGACGCUCGUUCCAUUUUCGUCAUCUCGCGGCUCAUUUAUCCAUUAAUCAUUACGUUAACGAUUUUCCCCGGACAGUACUGGUCAGUCGCUGAACCAAGACGAUACGCGAACCUGUACGGCUAUAACGAUUUCAAUUCAUCUAUAACAGAGAACCUCCUGAAUACUGGGAUAGGUGCUCUAAAUUUUUUACUUAACAAUCAACGAUUCCUUGAAAACGCCCAACCAGAUGUGACACCAAUAUCCAAUUCCUUCUACGAUUUCAUAGUGGUAGGUGCUGGGACAGCUGGUGCCGCUAUAGCAUCCAGGCUCAGCGAGGUUCAGAACUUUAGAGUACUACUAAUAGAGGCAGGCCCUGAAGAGUCUCUAUUCAUGGACGUCCCCGUCGUGGCAUCCUUCUUGCAGGAUGUAGACGAGAUAAAUUGGAAGUACGAAACAGAACCGUCUGACAAAUAUUGCAUGGGUAUGAAAGGGCACAGGUGCAAGUGGCCCAGGGGCAAAGUGAUGGGUGGUAGCAGUGUCUUGAACUACAUGAUCGCCACCAGAGGAAACCCUAAGGAUUACGACAGAUGGGCUGAAUUAGGGAACGAUGGAUGGGCGUACAAAGACGCGUUUAAAUACUUCAAGAAGUUGGAGAACAUCCAGAUACCCAAGUUGAGGAAUGACAAGAAGUACCAUAGCACUGAUGGACCAGUGACCAUAGACUACGCGGCAUUUAAAUCACCCUUGCUAACCGCGUUCCUGGAGGCUGGUCAGGAACUGGAUUACCCAUUGGUGGAUUACAAUGGACAGAAACAAAUUGGUUUUUCACAAAUACAAUCCAACACUUUCCGUGGGUAUCGGAUGAGCAGCAACAGGGCCUACCUGUCUGGCAUAAGGCGCAGCAAUCUCCAGGUAACUAAAAUGAGCAUGGUGCAUAAAAUACUUAUAGACAAAAAGAGGAAACGGGCUAUAGGUGUGGAAUUCGUGAAGAACAAUCGCCGUAUGACGGUGUACGCGAACAAGGAAGUGAUUUUAUGCGCGGGUGCCAUAGGAUCCCCUCAGUUGCUGAUGCUCUCCGGAGUAGGCCCAGCAGAGCACUUAACGAAACUCGGGAUAGACGUGAUAAAGGAUUCGCGGGUCGGGGACAAUUUGAUGGAUCACAUAGUGUACGGUGGACUCACGUUCACGGUUGACGAGCCUGUCAGCGGAUUGAUGUACGAUCUAGUAGACAUUUCGAAACCAUACGCCAAAGACUUUCUGAUGGAUCAGAAAGGACCAUUCACCGUCAGCGGUGGAGUCGAAGGCAUCGCCUUCGCGGACGUGGAUAAUCCAAAGAAUCGUGACGGAAUGCCGAACAUAGAACUGAUGGCACUGAUGGGCUCGAUUUAUUCCUUCAAAGCUACGAUGGAUAAUUUUGGCUUCAAUCAGGAAAUACUGGACAAAUUCUCGUUCUUUCAGAGCACCUACUCCUGGGGUGUAUUCCCUAUGUUACUGAGGCCGAAAAGUCGUGGAUGGAUAAGACUGAGGUCCAGAGACGUGAAUGUUAAGCCACGUAUUGUAGCCAAUUAUCUGGACGAUUCGGAAGAUAUAAGGGUGUUACUGAAAGGGAUCAGAUUCGCCUUACAGGUUGGCGAAACGAAAGCCAUGAGAAGACUUGGCGUGAAGUUUUAUAACAGAACAGUAUCCGACUGUGACAAGUACCCAUUUGACUCGGACGAUUACUGGCUGUGCAAUACUAGGAUGGAAACUUUAACUAUUUAUCAUUAUUCUGGCACUUGCAAAAUGGGUCCUAAGAAUGACAAGACUGCUGUCGUCGAUCCAACCCUUAAGGUAAUUGGUAUUAAAGGGCUAAGAGUGGCUGAUGCUUCCAUAAUUCCAGAAAUUCCAUCAGGCCAUACCAAUAUCCCUGUAUUCAUGAUCGCCGAAAAAUGUGCGGACAUGAUUAAAAAGGAGUGGGGAUAUCCGACUGAUUGAAAACCGUGAUCUAAAGAUUAGUAUACCAAAAUGAAGUGUUAAUUAAGUUUUAUAUAUGUAU